ACAAGCGUGCCCUUAGUUGAGCCGGCUUCCUCAUUUCUACCCUUACUUCUCCCACCUCCUCAGAUUUGCCCUCCCACACGCGGAGCUUGCUCGGAAAUCACCUCGGACGCCGUCUCCGUCAUGUUUGCCGUCUCUUACAUGUGGGUCCCACCUGGCAGGCUGUCUUUCCCCAUUGCCGGAUCCUAUCGAGGUGCUCCUCCACGCCCCGCACCUCCGGCGGUCCGGCCGUGCCGAGCCGGCCGGCGCGCAAGGCCGCGGCUCCCCUCGCCGAUCCCCUCCCCGCGCCGCCGUGCUCUCGCUGCUCCCCUCCCCGCGCCGCCCCUCCCGCCGCACCGGCCACGCCGCGCUCACCUCCCCGCGCGGCCCUGCUCACUGCUCCCCUCCCCGCGCCGCUCGCACUGCUCGUCGCCCCUCCCGCCGCACCGCCCUGCUCGCCGCCCCUUGGGAGAGGCUGAGCUUUCCCCCGAGCGCAUCCACCACUCCUUCCCCACUGGCUUGCCGGAAUCGUGUGUUUUCCCCCCCAAAGUCGCCGCCCACCACACUUCCACGCCGGCGAGCAAUCCCCGCCGCUCCGAGUCGCCUCUGCCCAAGCCGACACUUCGGUGAGCUCGCCACCAUCCUCACCGUUGUUUCCCCCACGUCAAUUCCCCCAGCAGUGCUGCCGUUUGCGCCCUCCACAGCAUCCUUCCACCGCCGUUCCCGGGCGCAUGUCGCCAGCCACCGUUGCUCGUCGGCCGGCCAAUCCGAGGGCACGGGAGUACUCCCCGCUUGCCCGCGUUGGUCUGCGGCCAGCCGGCCUCCCCGGCGGCCAGCCGGAGCACCGGCCCAGCCCCGUCACCGGAGGGCGCUGCCGCACGAGCUCCUCUCCAGCCGGCCAGCUCGGGCCCGUCCCCGCGCCUCUCUCUCUCUCGGCCGUGAGCACAGAGGGUGGCGACGGCGAGGGGUUACCUUGCAUACAUACAUUCGUCGACCGACACAUGCAUCCUUCACGGCGAUGUCAAAUCUGCAAACAUACACGCACUCGCAAGCUCACAAGUCAGGCACUCUGACCACUCAUCACAAGAGCGCGCGAGAGAACAGAAGAUGGCAAGGUCCUCGCUGCGGGCCGCCGCGCUGCUCCUGCUCGUGCUCACCGCGUCGUGGCUCCAGGCCUGCGACGCCGCUUCAGGGUUCUGCGCGAGCAAGUGCAGCGUGCGGUGCGGGCGGGCGAGCGCGGCGGCGAGGGGCGCCUGCAUGAGGUCCUGCGGGCUGUGCUGCGAGGAGUGCAACUGCGUGCCCACAGGGACGGGGGCGCGCGGCGGCGGCGGCGGCGGCGGCAACGAGUGCCCCUGCUACCGCGACAUGCUCACCGCCGGCCCCAGGAAGAGGCCCAAGUGCCCCUGACCACCGCGCCGGCCGUCAGGGAAGCAAGCUAGAGGCGGACGUACGGCGGGGUCAAAUCGACGGAUGAGAUGUAGUCACUGGAUCGGGCUAUCAGCUACCCAGUCCCUGCUACGUAUGUGUGCGCGUAUCUCUCUCCACUAAAUACCGUCCAUAUGCUAAUCUACCGGUAUGUAUUACUACGGCAGUGUAGUAGCAUUAUGCGUGUGACGUUCUAUAGUAGGUACUGCUACUUCGGAUGAUCCAAAGAGUGAGCUCGUUUGUAUGGGUUCAUGUCAUGCGCGAGCCUCGAGUGUCAAAAAAAAAUCUACAAACAUACUGUUGGAUGACUAAGUAUUCGAAAAGUCAAGUCAAAAUAAUGAAAAAAUUAUUCGAA